AUGAAAAGCGAAGCGUUCCUGCCCAAAGGUUUGUUCGCUCGGCCCCUCAGGCAAUACAAUGAGACCAAUUGGUUUUCGCAUGUUUAUCAAGAUGUACAUUGGGAACCAUCACAGGGAAAAGUGGACGAAUUAAGACCGGUGCUGCCAAAAGGACAUGAGAAGGUUGAGCUGCCCGGCAGAGUGGUGAUACCCUGUAACGAGAAUUGCACGACUGGCGGCGAUGUUGUGGAAUGUUGUAGAACACAUCAGUGGAAUGAUGGGGUCUGUAUUGAAGAACAACAACGGGAUGGGCGGAUAGAACGACAAGCCGUUUGUUGGCAGGGCGAGUAAGUGGACAGAGGAAGGCAAAAGUCGGGGCUAGCUAAAGGGUUGAGACGCCUGAUUUUGUUAAAUUUCACUACUAUUUCUGGUGACAAAUCAAUCCGCGAGAAUUUUUUGCUCGCGCUUUUCAUACGCGGCGGAGAUUUUCAAUGACUUUUCUAGACUACACUUUAUAUACAUAUAUAAAACGAUAAGAGACUAUCAGCGAAAACCAGGAUAAAAGAAAUAUAUAUUUCAGGGGACUCCGCAUUUAUUCCCGCGAUAAUACACGUCCACAACAUCCAGCAACAACUAACGCCUCAGCUGAAGCUGUAAAUGCCGAGAACGCAGGAAUGCCUGCCGCAACUGAAGCCGCAAUUGUGGAGUAUAUCCGUGAAGUGGCUUUUCAAGGUGUCCUAAGACCGGUGUAAGUCUUCAAAGAAUCUUCUGUCCUUAUAAGGGAUGAGUUCCAUGUCUGCGGCUCACAUUUUCGUUAAAUUUUGCAUACAUUCAUGGAAAUAGCUUGGGAGCACGAGUGUACAUACUUCCGCUGCAGCCGGGCAAAAACUUUCCAGUGGCGAUUAGCCGCCGCAAAGCGAUGAUGGAGGAUUUCAAUGCGCAAUGAAUCCACAUUAUUUCCCAGACAGACUGAUAUUUGACACCGCAACAAAAUUUUAGACGAUGGGAACAUAGCGCGGCCGUUACGCAAUUAAUUCAAUGUGUAGCCGCCGAGCAGCGUCGUCCGGAAGAACAAGUAAUAAAGGAUAUCCUGCAAUAUAGCACGUCUAACGCAACGGCCAGCCCAUUCAUUCCCGUCUUAAAUCCCGAAUGCGCGACUCUGACCGACGAUGAAUAUGUUCGCGCAUUGGGGAAAUUGAUCAGGACUUAUGGGAAUAAUGCUGAAAAAGUCAUAAAGGCCUUUCCGCAGUUCAAGUUUAUUGACCACAUUGCGGAUAUGAUUGCAGAACGUUAGUAAGGAGAUCUAUUUUUGAAGAGCUAUUUAUUAGAUAAAAGCUAUAUAUUAAAUAUAUUGUGUUUACUUGCAGCUUAAACUAUACAAACGGCCGUUAUGGAACGGAAAUUCCUUGCGAUCUGUUUGAAAUGAUGGGAAAAGAAAAUAGCGACGCCAUGAACUAUUAUGUCGCAUUUUUCUUAAUCGGUGAGGAAGUUGUACCGGGAAGGUAGGUGGAGCGUCAUUUCCAAAAAAGGCUGCCAAUUUCAGUGUUUUCAAAUAUAUCGACCCCCGAAAAUACGUCAACCCAAAACUGUUUGAAGAGUCGGAAGAGGAAAUUGAACUGAAAGAUCUCAUUGUCAGAUGCGAAGAUAAAAAAGAAAGCGUGUACGAAGUGUUGAGGCCCGUGUAAGUAUGCUUCUAAUUUUUUCAAAAAUGUGUCACAGGAGUAAAAAGCAUCGUGCUGCGGUCAAGGAAUGGAUCCAAUGUGUAGCAGCCAUGGAGAAUCGUGCGGAAGAACAAGUAAUUGAGGAGAUCCUGGAAUACAGGCGGUCAAACGCAACGGCAUUUCUUUCCGUCUUAAAUUCCGAAUGCGCGAUUCAAGCUGAUGAUGAAUAUGUUCGCGCAUUGGGGAAAUGGACGAGCAUUUACAGAAGUACUUACGAAAAAAUUAAGAAAGUCUUUCAAACCACGUUCGUAGACAUCAUUGCGGAUAAGAUCGCAGAGCAUUAGUAAGGAGAUUUGAUUUGCAAGAGCCGUUUGGAUGAAAGGUAUUGCUAUAUUGUGUUUAUUUGUAGCCUAAACUACACAAAUGGCCUUUAUGGAACGGAAAUUCCUUGCGAUCUGUUUGAAAUGAUGGGAAAAGAGAAUAGCGACGUCAUAAAAUAUUUUGUCACCUUGAUCUUACUCGGCGAGGAACUUAUACCGGGAAGGUAGGUAUUACCAUUUGCGUAAAGUGCAUGGCCAUUUCUCGUGCCCCCGCAACGUGCGUGCAGAAAAGACUCUUCGUGUAGCGUGCAAAAUCGAAAAAUGUCCAUGCACUUUGUGCAAAAGCUAACAGAGUGAAUGUAAUAUAUAUUUACACAUAAAAAAGACAGCCAAUUUCAGUGCUUUCCAAUCCAUCGACCCCCGAAAAUACGUCAACCCCAAACUGUUUGAAGAGUCGGAAGAGAAAAUUGAAAUGAAAGAUCUCAUUGUCAAAUGCGAAGAUAAAAACGAAAGCGUGUUCUACGAAGUGUUGAGCCCCGUGUAAGUCUGUUUCUGUAUUUUGCAAAAAGUGUCAUAGGAGUGAAAAGCAUCGUGCUGCGGUCAAGGAAUGGAUCCAAUGCGUUGGAAGGAGGAACAACAGGACCGAUGAAGAGACUGUCGCCAGAAUCUUGGCGAAUAAACAAGCCAACUGGACUGUUGGACCGUUUUUCGAUGAAUUCAUCGCUGAAGAUGAAGAAUGCGCUCUCCAGUCUGACGAUAAAUAUGUUAUCGCCUUGGGAAAGUUGGCCACGAUAUACAAUAGAAACGUCGAUGUAGUUAAACAUGGAUUUUCUGUUAUCAAUAGAACAAAUCUCGAUCAAUCUUCAACCAUAGAGGGCAACGAAUUGUAAGUCUUUGCAAAAAUAUUAUUGUUUUCUUCAGAUACUUUCCCAUGGAGCUCAAUGUCAGCUGCAAAAAUUGGGAUGAAAGCCGCGAAGAGGACAUCAAAAACUUCAUGAGGUUGAGUUUUGCCUACGACGUUGUUGGCAAAGAACUACUUCCAGACGGGUAAGGGUAACGAGAAAAAGUUCAACUGUUUUCAGGGUUUUCCAACCCGCGGAUUAUCAGGGGAAUCUGAACCAGGGUUUAUUCGAGAAAAACUCAGACAUCAAGAUCAGUCAGGUUUACGAACCGUGCCUAGAAACAUGA